GGAUUCAUAUUUGUAGGUUUUGGUAACUCUUUGAUGCUCGAAAUGUAUGGAAAUUUAUUUGGUUUUUAGAAGCAUUUGAAGUGGUUAGUUGAAUCGCGGAUCUUUGGUUCAUCAGAAAAUGGCGGAUGGAUCGAAAUUUGCUGCGAUUAUUGGUGGCGGGGUUGGAGGAAAUGUCGUUGGGAAUGGGUUUUAUGAUAUGGAAUUUUACCAAAAGCUGGAUGAGGGUUCUAACAUGUCGAUAGAUAGUGUUAGAAGCCUUCAGACGAGCAUUGAUGGUGGGUCGGCUGCCAUGUCCUUGGAAAACAGCAGUGUCGGAUCGAACAACUCUAGGACUGGAAUACUUCACCAUACUGGACUCCGUCUAUUCCCGGGUGUCAAUUUCUCCGUGGGGCAUAGCGUGCUGAGACCUGGUAGGGUCUCUCAUGCUAUGAACGAAGACGCUUUGGCUCAGACCUUGAUAGACCCACGGUAUCCUACAGAGUCUCUCGUGAACUAUGAUGAAUGGACCCUAUAUCUAAGGAAGUUGAAUAUGGGGGUGGCCUUUGCUCAGGGUGCUUUUGGGAAGCUCUACAAGGGUACUUAUGAUGGACAAGAUGUUGCUAUUAAGCUGCUGGAAAAGCCUGAGAAUGAUCUUGAGAGGGCAUUGGUCAUGGAGCAGCAGUUCAGGCAGGAGGUUAUGAUGCUCGCAAAUCUCAAACAUCCAAAUAUUGUCAGAUUUAUUGGGGCCUGCAGGAAGCCGAUGGUCUGGUGCAUUGUGACAGAGUAUGCAAAGGGUGGAUCAGUGAGGCAAUUUCUUAUGAAGAGGCAGAAUAGAUCAGUGCCUCUAAAGCUGGCAGUCAAGCAAGCAAUAGACGUUGCUAAGGGGAUGGAGUAUAUUCAUGGCUUGGGAUUCAUACACAGGGAUCUUAAGUCUGAUAAUCUACUUAUAUUUUCAGAUAAAUCAAUUAAGAUUGCUGACUUUGGGGUUGCUCGUAUUGAGGUCCAGAGUGAAGGAAUGACACCUGAAACUGGAACUUAUCGGUGGAUGGCUCCCGAAAUGAUACAGCAUAGACCAUACAAUCAGAAAGUUGACGUGUACAGCUUUGGCAUUGUUCUCUGGGAGCUUAUAACUGGAAUGCUCCCUUUCCAGAAUAUGACAGCCGUCCAGGCAGCAUUUGCUGUUGUGAACAAGGGAGUACGUCCAAUCAUACCGCAAGGUUGCCUCCCUGCACUUAGUCAGAUCAUGACCCAUUGCUGGGACCCUGAUCCUGAUGUGCGCCCUUCCUUCUCCGACAUUGUUGGAAUGCUAGAGAGUGCAGAAAAAGAGAUUGUGAAUACUGUUCGUAGAGCACGGUUUCGUUGUUGCAUACAGUCAAUGACCUUUGACUGAAGCUUUAGUGAGUGAAAGUAACAAGUGUUUCAUGCAAUGAAGAUUUUUGGGCUGCAG